AUGCUUAACUACUUAGUCGAUGAGGUUAUUCAGACGUAUUAUAAAGGGAAAGAUGAAAGAUCUUUUAGUGAAAUUAUUAAUAUAAUUACAGGCGGUAUUUACACUGCAGAUAAAGUAGCUAGUAUAAAGGAGAAGUUAAGAAAUGUAAAAUAUUUUAAUUUAAGAAAUAUAUAUAAUUAUAAAUUUUAUAUUGAAAAGAUGGUCGAGAGGGUAAAUCUUGGUGGUGAAAACUUGAUUAGUGAAAAUCAGAAGUUCUAUUUUUUCUUUGGUGGUUUACCUAGAGAAUUUCAGGAGAAAUUUUUAUGGUACGACCUUGAUGAGAUUGAAGAUGCUACGUAUGCAAUAGCUAAAUUAGAAACAAUUUAUAAACAGAAAAUAGGCAAGAAUAAUUCUAAAUUUGAAAAUAAUAAUAAGGCUUUUAAUAGUAGAGAUCCCAAGAUUUAG